AUGGAAAACACUGAAAAAGAAAUCAUUUAUAAUAAGAAGAAAAACAGCAAGAAGAGCGAGCAAGAGAGGAAGAGAAGGAAAGAGACUGGUUCUAAAAUGAAACCGAGGGGGAAAUUUACCCCUAGAUAUUCUAAAGAAAUGUUAUCACAAAUGAAGGGUUAUCAGUCUUACGUAAUCCCUGGUACUAACCCUGGAUCUAGAGCUAAAGCUUUGGGCGGGUUUUCUGAUUGAGAAACGUUUCCCAUCAAGGAAUAUAGCACAGACAAAAAGGAGCAAAAUAAAUUUAAAAAGUCUGCUCCUAUUGACGAAAGCAAUGACUCUGGAAUAGAGCAGUUAAGACCCCUGGUUAGAGGAAGUGAACUGAAGUCCCGGGAAGGACGGAAGGGAAGAGAUUAUUGGAAUGGUUUCGGCUGUGAAGGAAGGUAUAAGAACGAAGAGCAUAAAGAAUCAAAGAGUUCCAACGAGCAUGAUGAAGGAUCGCUCAAUUUUUUUAAAACAAUGGAGUCUAAAUCUCAGUCAGAAUCUUCAAACUAUUUGCCAACUCCUCAUCCUUUAAACGAAGCUGAUGCCCCGAAGUUAAGGCCGUAUGAUGAAGCCAGGCAUUUCUACAGAGUUAUCGAUAUGCUUAAAGAAAUAAGAGCUGAAGGAAUGCUAAUCACUCCAGAUGUUAAAGAACUUGUCGAUCUCGAGCUGAGACAUAUCUAUUACGGCAAAGAUGCUAAGAACCUUGAUGGGCCAUUCACACCACUUGAUCGGGUAAUGAUAGAAUAUAGGUUUCAACAGCUUGGUUAUGGCGGAAAAUUUUUGAGUAAAAAGAGGAUAAAGAGAGAGCCAUCUCAAGAUGCUGGCAGAAGAAGUAGAUCAAGAGACAGUCCUCCUAGAUAUCAAUGGGAAUCAGAGAUCUCUCAGGAUGAUUCACUAAAUAGUUCACAGGAUAGUUCACAGGAUAGCUCACAGGAUAGUUCACAGGAUGAACCUCUAAAACAAGCCAGUGCUCAAAACUUGAACAGUGACCAAAAACAAGGCAAUUCGGUAGAGGAGACUGACAGCGAAGGUGAAGAACUUUCAGAAAGCAGUGAUGAAGCUGAUGAAGAAAUGGAAUAUCCUCAAAAAUCCAAAAAUGAAGGACAAGAUUAUUCAGAAACUGAUCCUAAUUUUUGGGGCCAAGAUACUUGAAGUGAAGAUAGUGAUCCGAGUGAAGAUAUUAGUCAAGAAGGAAAUAGUCUCAAGCUAAAUAUUACAAGUUGAGAAUAA